AUGAGCUCUGCCGGGUCCCCAGAGGAGAGCCCCGAGGGGGACGCGGGGAGAUCAGGGCGGAGGCCCCCGGCCGAAGAUGCUUUCAAAGACAUUUCCACGUAUUUCUCCAAGGACGAGUGGACGGGGAUGGGAGACUGGGAGAAACGCCGGCACAGGAACGUGAAGAGGAACUACGAGGCGCUGAUCGCCAUAGGUCUCAGGGCCCCUCGACCAGCUUUCAUGUGUCACCGCAGGCAGGCCGUCAAACGCCGGGAGGAUGACGCUGAGGAUUCUGACGAAGAAUGGACGCCAAGGCAGCAAGUCAAACCUUCUUGGGUGGCCUUCAGAGUGGAACAGAGUAAACAACAGAAGGGAAUGCCCAGGGUGCCAUUAAGUAACGAAUCUAGUUUGAAGGAAUUGUCAGAAACAGCAAAAUUGCAGAAGACAAGUGACUCUGAACAGGUCCAGAAACCAGUGUCUCCUCCCAGAGAAGCAAGUACUUCUGGACAGCUCUCCAGACGAAAAUUGGAACUCAGGAGAAAGGAGGUUGAAGUGAAGAUGUACAGCCUACGAGAAAGAAAGGGCCAUGCAUACCAAGAGGUCAGCGAACCACAGGAUGAUGACUACCUCUAUUGUGAGAAAUGUCAGAAUUUCUUCAUUGACAGCUGUGCUGCCCAUGGGCCCCCUACAUUUGUAAAGGACAGUGCAGUGGACAAGGGACAUCCCAACCGUUCAGCCCUCACUCUGCCUCCUGGGCUAAGAAUCAGACCAUCGGGUAUCCCUGAGGCUGGGCUUGGAGUAUGGAAUGAGGCAUCUGAUCUGCCAUUGGGUCUGCACUUUGGACCCUACGAGGGCCAGAUCACAGAAGAUGAAGAGGCAGCCAACAGCGGAUACUCCUGGCUGAUAACCAAAGGAAGAAACUGCUAUGAGUAUGUGGAUGGAAAGGAUAAAUCUUGGGCCAACUGGAUGAGGUACGUGAACUGUGCCCGGGAUGAUGAGGAACAGAACCUGGUGGCCUUUCAAUAUCACAGGCAGAUCUUCUACCGAACCUGCCGGGUUGUCAGGCCAGGCUGUGAACUGCUGGUCUGGUACGGGGACGAGUACGGCCAGGAGCUGGGCAUCAAGUGGGGCAGCAAGUGGAAGAGAGAGCUCACGGCAGGCAGAGGAGACAAGGCAUAUGGCCCAGGCAGCCUUGUCAACAUCUACCCUGACCAAAAACUUCCUCUUCAGCAGAACAAAAGCCAGAAAUCCAUCCAUGUCCUUCCUGCUCUCUGGCCUUCUCAAGUCAGAAAUUCCUCAGCCAACAUGUGGAACGCAAUCACCCAUCUCAGAUCCUCCCAGGAACAUCUGCAAGAAAACAGCUCCAACCAAAAGAUCCCUGCACAGGAGACCAGAAUCAGCAGCAGCAACAUUCUGAUCCACCUAGCUGGAAGAACAAAGCUCAAGGUCAAGAGGUCAAAGAAAAGUCCAAACCUUUGCUUAAACAGAUAA